AUGAUUGAUGAGGGCGCCAGCUUGGGGAAGACCUUGGGGUCAGCCAGCGACCCAGGUGGGCUCCGGACAACCUGUAAUCGCCCUCGCCUGAGGCCCCGGGCUGCCGCCGAGCUCAGCCCUCUUUUAACCCGGGGCAAGGGCGCUUUCCUCUCAGCUCCGCCCAGCCUGUGCCACCGCUCCGCCGGGCGCGCAGGCAAAUCGCCAGCUUCGUCUUCCUCCGCCACCCCUCCUUCAACAACAGCGGCGGCGGCGGCGGCAGCACCCUUGGGCUCCUAUGGCAACCCGCCUGCGCGUGCCGCUCGCCUGGGCGCGGCCGGCAGAAGCAGCGGGAGCAGCCGCCGCGGGCGAGGCAUGAGAGCGUCGAAGGGGGAGCCGCUGGAGCCCACGGCCGGGGAUUCGGGGAGCCGGAUCUACGGCGAGAGCAAUGAAGGGGGGCAACCCUGGAAAAAGUUUGUGUAUGUUGAGCCACCGAGGAGAGUUAAGGAAGUACUUGAGGAAGAGCUGUAUUUCCAGAGGGAUGAGUGCAGAAUCAGACACCCUUCAGAAGUGGCUCUGGAAAGAAUUUGGAGCUUGAAAAGAAAUUUCCCCGUGGGAGGCUUCAACCCAGCAUCACAGAAUCAAAGCUGCUUCCUUUCCCAACCUUAUUACUCAAGGCAUGCAAUCAUAAGAAGAUAGCCAUUCUGAAAAAUUCAGUCUCCCUUGAUGGAAGUCACAGAACAAAAGCAAAUCUAUGGCUGUCACAUUUAUCUGAACAUAGACAACUAUAUUUUAGAACGUAUAAAGUAGCUUAUAAAAUAAACUUGGAAGCUAUGCACCUGCCAGUCAGUG